UCUUCAGGAGAUGCUACCGCUGCUGCUGCAGUCGUGGUGCCGACUCUGCUGGUCCGCCCGCGCCAUCAGGGUAGCGACCUGCUGUCCGAGGGCCGAGGGCGUACCCGAGCGGGGCCAUGCAGCCAGGAGCAGCACCACAGGCCGUGCUGCUGGUCACCGUGCUUGCCGGGCCCUGGGGUGCCACUGGUCGCUUGCUGAGCGGGCAGCAAGUCUGCCGAGGAGGAACACAGAGGCCUUGUUAUAAAGUCAUUUACUUCCAUGAUGCUUCCCGAAGACUGAACUUUGAGGAAGCCAGAGCUGCCUGCUGGAGGGAUGGGGGCCAGCUCGUCAGCAUCGAGUCUGAAGAUGAACAGAGACUGAUAGAAAAGUUUAUUGAAAACCUCCUGGCAUCUGAUGGUGAUUUCUGGAUUGGGCUCAGGAGGCGUGAGGAGAAAGUAAGCAACAGCACCGCGUGCCGGGACCUUUAUGCUUGGACCGAUGGCCGCGCAUCGACAUUCAGGAACUGGUAUGUGGAUGAGCCUUCCUGCGGCAGUGAGGUCUGCGUGGUCAUGUACCAUCAGCCAUCAGCACCUGCUGGCAUCGGGGGUCCCUACAGGUUCCAAUGGAAUGAUGACCGAUGCAACAUGAAAAACAAUUUCAUUUGCAAAUAUUCCGAUGAGAAACCAACAGCUCCUUCUACAAGGCCAGGAGGUGCAGGGCCAAAGGCAGUAACACCCAUGCUUCCAGGAGACACACGGAAAGAAGAUGCCAAAGAAACACUUAAAGAAAAUAAAGAAGCUGCCUUGAAUAUUGCCUAUAUCCUGAUACCCAGCAUCCCCCUUGCUCUCCUCCUUGUGGUCUUCACAGUUGUAUGUUGGGUUUGGAGCUGUAGGAGGAGACGGGAACAGCCUGACCCCAGCACAAAGGAGCCGCACACCAUCUGGCCCACUGCUCACCAAGGGAACAGCCCCAACCUCGAGGUUUACAAUGUUAUACGAAAACAAAGUGAAGCUGACUUAGCUGAGACCCGACCAGACCUGAAGAACAUUUCAUUCCGAGUGUGUUCAGGAGAAGCCACAUCCGAUGACUUGUCUUAUGACUAUGACAACGUGGCCGUAAACCCAUCUGAAAGCGGAUUCGUGACCCUGGCAAGUGUGGAGAGUGGCUUUGUGACCAAUGACAUUUACGAGUUCUCCCCAGAACGAACGGGGAGGAGCAAGGAGUCUGGAUGGGUGGAAAAUGAAAUAUAUGGUUACUAAGGCGCAUGGGGAAAGCUUGAAGAAUGAGAAAGAAAAGAGAAGUAAAAUUCUCCUAUAUUCUAUUAGGAAAACAUUCAGAUCUAUGGCGAUGUCACAUCGGGUCCAGGGGUACGCAUGU